CAUUAAUUAACAUGGCUUCUUCCACUCUUUCUCAUGUAACUCCUUCUCAGCUAUGCUCAAGCAAAAGUGGUGUUUCAUCGGUUUCACAAGCGUUGCUUGUGAAGCCGAUGAAGAUUAAUGGUCAUGGAAUGGGAAAGGAUAAGAGGAUGAAAGUGAAAUGUAUGGCAGCUAGCAUUCCAGCAGAUGAUAGAGUGCCUGAUAUGGAAAAAAGGAAUCUCAUGAAUUUGCUUUUAUUGGGUGCACUUGCACUACCAACUGGUGGAAUGCUUGUACCUUAUGCUACUUUCUUUGCACCUCCUGGAUCAGGAGGUGGUAAUAGUGGUACCAUUGCCAAAGAUGCUAAUGGCAAUGAUGUUGUUGUAACUGAAUGGCUCAAAACUCAUUCACCUGGAACUCGAACCCUCACACAAGGACUAAAGGGAGAUCCUACUUACCUUGUUGUGGAGAACGAUGGAACACUCGCGACCUAUGGUAUCAAUGCUGUGUGCACUCACCUUGGUUGUGUCGUGCCGUGGAAUACUGCUGAGAACAAGUUCAUUUGCCCUUGCCAUGGAUCUCAGUACAACAAUCAAGGAAAAGUUGUUAGAGGACCUGCUCCUUUGUCCUUGGCAUUGGCUCAUGCAGACAUUGAUGAUGGGAAGGUGGUGUUUGUUCCAUGGGUUGAAACAGACUUCAGAACUGGUGAUGCUCCAUGGUGGGCUUAGAAAUCCCAUCUAACUUUUACUAUUAUUAGUAUAUAUAUUCUCUUGUAUCAUUGUUACAUAGAAGCUUAUUCCUCUUUUUAUAAAGAAAAAAAAUGUAACUAUUGAAACAUUACCCUUGCAGUCCCAAAAUAACAUUUCUCAUUUGGGAUACAGUUCUUUUCUGUAAUUGUUCUUUUUCAUUUUCAUUUU